AUGGCACAAGCGAAUACAAGUGAAUCAACCAAUGCAGCUCAUCAUGAUCAAUUUGCUAGUCCUCAUGAGUUUCAUAGUCCUGAGCAGUUUGACGCUCUUAAGAAAGAAUAUACCAGAGUGAGUAUAAACAGGGUCUUAGGUAGGAUUUUAGAUUUUGGGAGUGUUUCUAAAUUUCCAGCAUACCUGCCAAUUACCCAGAAUAGCCAAAGAUGUAAUUAUACAGUCCAUUUAUGCUUGCCAACAAUAAUAGAUUAUGCCUGUGGUUGUUCUAUGCUUUACAACCAAAUUCAAGGUCAGCAUGUGCUCAUAUUUCGCACUGAUAUUAAAGUCAGUUACUGUAGCAAGUCUUUGGUCAUUGAAAGUAGCCAGUCGGCCAUGUUAAGUUUGUUUGAAAGGUCUUCGAUCAAUCCGAGCUUUUAAUGAAAGUCUAGAGCACAUGUCUUCCAUGACAUUUGGUGUCUUAAUGUUUGUUGGAAAAACAAAACAAUUAAAGAAUGUACAUUAAAUAUUAACUAGAAUGUUUCUGGUUUUAAUAAAACAGAAAUGAAUAGUUCAUAUUCUGGUAUUGGUGGGUAAAAUACCAGCGGUGGAGGGGGUGUUGAGUUCCUUUCCUGUUUGGGUGGCACUUAUCACAGGAAAAAAUUUUAAAUUUCCAUUAAUGGAUUUUGGAAUGGUUUUUAAAGAUUUAACAUUAUCAUAGAUGUACCGUGUAUAUUAUGAAUGUAAAAACUGAUUUCUUACCAUUCUUGCAUGUUAUUAUCGAUUUCCUAUAUUGUAAAUUGGUACCAUGAUAAGCUUUUGUUGGUAGGGAUGUAACUACCUGAUAAAUACAAAGCAAAAUUUGACAUUUCGAGUGCCCUUUGUCAGGAAGUUAGAAGUUAAGUUGAUACUAACUUCCCAACAAAGGGCCUUCGCUUGAAAUGUGGAAUUUCACUUUGCAUUUUUCAGGCCGUUGCAUUCUACCAACGAAAGCUUGUUAUUGUUGCCACUAUCUACAAUACAGACCAUUCAAGAUUAUGAAAACCAUGAUGUUUAAUAUUUACAAUUAAGGGGCUGACUACAUGGUGCAAGUCCCGCCUAGCCAAGUUGGCCCAGCUAAGGGAGUUGACUUUCAAAUUACGAUUACAUGUAUCGGGUUCACCCGACUAAUUGGGGUCAAGCAAGCUCAUUAAUUAAGAUUGAAAAUGCUGAACAGUAGAAAAAUUGUUGUUAAGUAUUGAUUAAAGAUGGUUUACAGUAUAUGUUGUAUUUUAGGGUUUCCUCACACACAGAACAGUGUUGAUUGCAGUAUUGGUCCAGACACAAUUCUUUCGCUUGUAUUCUCAUAAAAUGCAGUUGCUUCACUGUCCUAAAGCCAAAAGCGUUUAUUGAAACACAAAACAGCAGUCUGAUGCUAGUUUGAAAUUUUAAACAUAUAUAUAAUUUUAUAUUAUUUUGUUUACAUUCUCGAAACUAUAAAACUGUGCAUGUGUGAUUUUUCAGCGCUUUACCGAGACAACUCAACAAAAUGCUAUCACAUGGGGAAAAUGCAAAUUUUUCAACUCAGCCAACCAAGUUGUCUCGGUGCGAACAAGCGAGGUCCUGGCCAGGUGAGUUGGCCUGUUACCCAUGUAAUUGCAUUAUUGUUUUUAGUAGUAUUUGCUGUAGAAGCCACAGUAUCUGUGAAAUUGUCUCACCUUGGCUAGCUGGGACAACUCGGCUCUUGUAAUCAGCCCCUGAAGGUAUUUUUCUGGUAAAUAUUAAACAACAUGGUUUUUACUAAUUUCUUUGUGCAAUAUAACAAACAGUCUUACACUUUGAGCAGAUCUUCACAGUAGUAGUAAAUUGUCUUUUCCCACAACUAGCACAUGACUGGGACUCUUCUGUUUUGGACUACUUCUUGUCGCUUGCACCCUCUGGCAUAAUGCUCACCCGAACCUCAAAUAUAGCAAUGAUAGCAGUCAUUUUUUCCUUGUUCUUGACGCGAUGCACAAGCAGGUCUCCCUGGAUGUCUUUUGCUGCUGUAGUCAUUUGUCGCAAAUCUAAUGCUCUUACAAGGAAGGAAAUCUUGUGCAGUUUAGUUCCUGUUAUAACUCAGUUGCACUUUUUUGCUUAUAAUGUGCUUUUGACACUUGUAAUAACAGUUCCAAUUAUUCGAUUGUUGCAACAUAUGUUGAAGUUUCAAAGUUGAACUUAUUGCACAUACGGCCGCUUUAAUAAUCUCAUUUUGAGGGUAUCCUUUUACUUUCCCAGCAUCAAUUUGUCAUGUUAACUGGCUGUCUGGCAAAUGACAGUCUAUUUUUUUUGCUAUCAGGGCCAAUUAUACCAAUUUACAAUUAUUUUAAACUCUUUUGUCUAUAAACAGUAAAAUUGCCUUGUUUCACUUCAAGAAUUACCCAUAUUUUCUUUGCUAUUUGUGUCGUAUUGAAGUUCUAAUGUGGGGCUCAUCAUUUAACAAACUGUUUGUUUACAUCCGUUAAGUACUUCAUUUUAGCAGUGGUAGAGAGGUUCAGGACGCCACGGUCGGCGCUCUACGUAUCAAUGCUUCCAUACCAUUUUCGGUUUUCCAUAUAAAUUUCAACAACUCUAAUUUCCUUUUGUUGACAAAGACUUGUCUGACUUUUGUGAUAGUUGUAGAUGAAGUCUUUCCAUGGCAUAGUUAAUAUGGUGUUCUAUGUUAAUUAACUAUAGUCUUUCUCAGAAGAAUAUUCCAAAGUAAGCAUAUGACACGUGUUUAUUCACUCAGCUGCGGUUAUUGACAUUCUCUUCAGGUUGCAAAAACCGUAUCUUAUGAUCUACGUGUUGCGAUUUUCCUGACAAAAAUACAAAUAUUUUAAGACCUAGCUCGUUUUAUGCCAUUCACUAUAGUGUAAUUAUACAGUGAACGUCUUUCAGAAAUUGGGGAAGUAUACACGCUUAUUUUGCGAUACACAGCGAAAAAUAACUUUGCCGACAGCUUUAAGACAAUGUGGCGCAGUAAGAAUUCACGCCUUGGUCGUGUAGUUUCUACGAUUUUUCCUGACUUCAUAUUAUGCGCUAAAAACUUAAAAAUAGUUUUGUCAAAUGCGCAAUAAGCCAAUAGUCUGAAGAUGGAUGUCUUUUAUAAUCAGAUUUAUUUCGUAAAAAGAGACUGAGUAAUUAUACAUUUUGUAUGUGGGGCACCCGAUCGAUAUGCGGAUUCAAAUCUGAAUAUGAAUGUGUAUCUGUAAAUGAACCUGAAACUGUAGAACCGAUCGUACUACUUCCGUAGUUGAAAACGAAAGUAGCUUUCCUUCCAUCUCCAGCUGUAAUUCUUCAAAAUCCUUCUGUUGAGCCAUCUUACCACAAUAUUAUUGAUACAUAUCGACUUCAGUUUUGUACAAAUUCAAAUUCGCCGAUUCACUUCUUGGUAGCAUAUAGUAUGUAAUGAAAAUAUCUCUCCGAUGCCGAUGGCUCCAAAGUGUUCGUCCCAAUUCACGAAAUAAACACUCGUAAUAUGUCAAACGAUUUAAAAAAGCAGUUGCAUUACGUAAAUAGAUUAUAAGUUGGUUUGAAAGGUCUUCUAUCGAUCCGAUCUUUUCUCUUCUCUAAUUUUCUUGUAUUAACGGAAACACAGAAGAGGGAACUUGAUUCGCGAGCACAUGGCUCCACGCGUGUCCCGUGGACUGAAUCACGUAAAUAUCUGCCGGCUACGUAAAUAUGAGCUCGUCCUGCAAGGUUGAAGGUUUAUUAUUUGUUGUUGGAUUAAUAGCUGUAACACGUUGGGAUUUGUUAUGGGACCUCUAUCCAUGAUGUGAAACUUUUGUGUUUUUGAAAUGCUUUGAGUAGAAGUGUUCACUCAUGAUUGUAUGGUGGUUUGUAUGAUAUCAAAAUUUACGGCGGCGUUUGGCAAUUGCCGAUGUGAUAACGAAAAUAAUACCUCAUCGCGUCCGCACGUUUAAUUGCUGUCGUGGAUUUUCUUAACACCAAGCAGUUUUACUUUUAUGUGAUUAUUCUUCAUGUAACUUUCUUCCGUUCUUUCAAUUCCAGUUCGUUUGCGAUUUGCCUCAAUUGCUGGUUGCAGAAGGUAGUUUGUAGAAAUAUUUAGUGUAAUGCUCGCCUGGUGUGUAAGUUAUUGCCUAUUCUGUAUUUUCGUUUGUUCCUAGUGGCAGUAGUGCGGUAUGCUUCAAUAGAGUUAAAUAGGCAAAUGUCGUAAAAACUAACCUCUGUACAAAUAUUGAAAAUGCAGAAUAGGCAGUAACGCCAGUAACUGAAAUCAAGCCAAGAUUACACUAAAUACUUCGACACAGACUUUGUUUUGCUGCUUUUGCAGCCAACGAAUGGUCGUGUUAUAUUAUUAACUGUUUACUGUUUAAGACAUAUUUCAAGUUUCAACCGGUUCAACGUGAUGUGUAAGUUACGAAGGGCAUGACUCUCUAUUAAACUUUGUCUUUAAGAAUGAAGCGAUCGUGAUUUAUAGAUGUAAACGUCUCAAACAUUUGAAAUUUCUGCAAAUAUAUACUCCCAUCGUUACAUUUUAGCGUUAUUUCAACAAAAUCAUCAAACAACCAACAUGCAGUAACUCAAAAAAUGUAAUUCCUGAGCUGUGAAAGAUUUUGUAACGUGAGCCACGGUGAGUCAUGAUUUUAUCGUGCAAUGUGCCAGUGUUAUGGAAAUGGCUUAUUAAUUCGGUAACAGUUCGGAAGCUUCUCAUAUUACUCAGGCUAAGCACACUUGAACCUCUUGCUUGUUCGAUUUGGCGCGAAGUUUGGUAAAUGUGCUGCAAGCAACUUAUUGUCAAGUUUUUGGAGGUUGAGACAAUAUUGUCGACGCAACCUGGUUGAAGAAAGAUUGUGAGCAUAGAUUGAUCAGAAAACAACUGUUACAGCGCGAUCGUGCGAGCUUUGGAAGCUCUGAUUUCAGAUUUCCCAAGUAGAGUAGGUACAAUAUAUUCUUGAGGGAGAAUAUAUUAUACAAACGAAGCUGAGUGUACUCAAUCGUGAGGGAUUAAUACGUCAUAUUAACUUUGUGUAUUCGUUUCUGCUAUGUUGCAGUUUAGUUGGCAGAUUUGAUGUCAAAUGAAACUCUUCGGACUUAUUGCUCUUAUAAUACUAUUGUUUGUGGAAACACCACGUAAAUUUAAUUUAAUUUACGUGGUGUUUCCACAAACAAUAGUAUCAUAUGUUUUAUCGCCAUGCAAACUUACAAAGAACUUAUUAAUUGCUCUUGUUCAAUUUUUAUUAAUAUGUCUGCGCGCCAUGAAUUUUUUAGACAUAUCUACAAUAUGCACGUAAAUUUAUUUAUACUAUAUUGUGUAUAUGUGUAUACUAUAUAUAUAUGUUAACAUGUACUAGGUAGUGGUUAUACAUAUAAUUUACGUUGCUAGUAUGUAUAAUCAAUUGAACAAUCAACUUUGUAUAUAAGAUUAUAUAGACUAUAGUUAUUAAUUAAUUGUUUUGUUUUGAAAGUUUUGAACUGCCACUGAAAAACUAUAAAUAGUUAAUCCUAAUCUAGGGGGCUCAAUAAAAAGCCUGUCAAGGUUUCUAGUAGACAGUGCUUUCAAAAUCGCCUGCCCGACGUCCCGGGGCAACCAAAAAUUUGUGUCGGGCAACUAAAAUCUCUUGACUAAUGUCCCGACGGGCAACCACAUUUUAGUGUUUUGAUCGUUUUAAAUUUUGUGUAUUUAAUGUCUUGUUGUCUCGUUAUCAAGUGUUAAUAAAGCUGUGUCAAAAGAUAGCCAUUUACCUUUUUUAUGAUGUCAGAAUACUGAUUUGGUAUUUCAGUAAAAUUGUCCAGAAUAUUUAUAUGCAUGAUUGCGAGUUUUUUGCAAGGAGUAAAUAAGCGCCCACGCUGAUUCGCCUCAAAGAUUAUUAAUUCGGAGAACUGAUUUAAAUUAUCGAGAACUGAUUUAAAUUAUUUUAUUCAAAUGUUUUGAAUGGUAAAAAUUACGUUUAUUGGCUAUACAGACUAGAAUAACAUUCACAAAACUGACUAAAAAUUUAUGUAAAACAAAACAAUUUUAACAUUUUAACAUUUAACAAUUGUAACAAAAAUCAUUUGAUUCCUUUGAUCAGCAUUAAAUCAGUCAUUCUUUUAUAACUAGUCUAAAUGGCGAGGAUUUGUUCCGGCAAAAACUCAUUUAGAAUAAAAAAACCCAGACGCGCGAUUUCAUACUCUUGAAACAAACGAGACGCCCGUUAAAAGGCGCGUCUCGUUAAAGGCGCCGGAGGUAAGAGUAACUUGUAACACAGUAGCAUUUGUAACUUAUUAACAGUUAAAUAAACACCGGUUUUGUUGUGGUUUAUUCAACUCCAUUCUUUUACUUUUAUCUAAUUUAAUGUGGGCAAGUGAGAAAUGGCCUCGGGCAACCAAAUUGUGAGUGUUGCCUGCCCCAAGGGCAACCACUUUCUUCAAAAUUUUGCAAUCCCUGCUAGUAGGCUCCCAGCCCUUAUAAUAAUAUAAUAUUGUAAAUAGCUUAAAAAAACGUAUGUUCGAUAUUGUCCUACAAUACUAGUGGCCAGACUUACGGCAUCAAGAUUGAUAUCCCCGGAGAUGGCAAAAUUUUGGAUCAUGCUGACCGCUAGCACUUGUCAAUUAGAAUGAGAUUUUUCCUUUUAUAAGUGCUCGAAAUGUGGUUUUUAAAGAACAAGUCAAUGUGUCACUUCUUGCCGAAAUACGGGUUCGUUUAGGAAACAUUUUAGAACGAAAUGUAACUGAAAUGGUAUUUCCUAUACGGCCUCCCUAUUAUUAUUAUUAAAACCGCCUGCCACGUAGGCUACCAUUUUGCUGGAUAGCGGAUGCUACUGGAUAGUAGUCUACUAAAUGCUGUAUGGUCAAGAAUAUAGUAAUUCAAAUUACAGUAAUAAUUGGAAUUACAGUCGAAUGCCCACAAACCAUACUAUAGCCUGAGAACGAGGCUUCGUGCUAAAUGGUAAUAUUUCUAUAACAAAUUACAGUUCUGUGGCACUAAGCCUUGAAUGAAUAAUAAUCUAUAUAUAAUAAUUAUUGUACAAAUAUAAUGCGGUCCAUAAGUUAAAUAAAUUAGAUAUGUUUUUAUCAGUAUAAUCAUAAAUAUCAAUUGGAUAUGUUUUUAUAUAAUCAAACGUUGUUGGGACACAAUUGCAGUUCUAGAUCGUAAGUCGAUCUCUUGAGUCAAUCUAUGCAGUUUGUUACGCCCAACACUCUUCCCCCUCCCCAAUCAAUGUUGUUUUCUCAAUUCAAAUACCAAAACACAUCAAAUCUGACGUGAAAAUGGCACAUAUGACAUUGAAUAGGGGGCGGGGGGUCGACGUUCAAAUUAAAGGGUUUUGUGGCAUCUGUCUCAAAUCUCUCAAGACAUUUGAAACUGGUUGUAGAUAGCGGGAAUGACGAAAACCAGUUGUUAUAGUAAAAAUAUCAACGACCGAUACAUGUUAGCUGCGCAAAGUCCUCCCCCCCCCUCAUCGCCAAAAAAAUUAUAUGUUUGCAAAAUAUUUUGAAAUUAUCCUCCCUGCAAAAAUAAAAACUGUUCCACCGCCACUGCAUGGUUAUCGUUUUAUUAAUAUCAAAUACAUAUGAGGAAAAAUCAUCUUUGGAAUUCUAGUGAUGCUUUUUAUUUUAUUUGUUACAAAUGGCCCUGAAUGCUUGUUAUGAACAUGCGCAUUGAUCUAUUUUGUAAGUCUUGGCCGCUAUAUUUCGAAGGCUAAAAGGGUGGAGGCUUUCCACAUCUGGGGGCAAUUCCAAUGCCCGUGAAUGACGUAACAUUUGCGCUAACAGUCGGCCCCUGUAAUUUUAUUUUGUGCGUAUAAUUCAUGCAGACAAAUUAUUUUUUCUCUUAGCAUUAUGAAAGAUGUAAUGCAGUGACUUUAAAGUGCGAUAUCGGAUGUCAAACUGAAGUGUUCAGUGGAUCUCCAGAAGACGGAGAAUUAGGUGCAACUGCUCUUGAGCCGCCAACACAGGUGAGACCACUGAUCUGGUGAAACAGCAUUUUUCUAAGCGCUCAAUCGGCACAACAAUUCUUUACGGCAUGAACAAAUCUGCAGCAUGGCAUGCGAGCCAAAUAGUCACGAUCAGGCAAUAGGUGCAGCAUGUUCGCGCUUUACAACAUCGUUGAUGAAAUGAGGUUAUGCAAUAACUAAAAGUAACAGUGCAUGCAUGCAUGCAUGCAUGCAUGAGGCAACUACUAAAAAAUAUAAAGCAAGUAUGAAGUGAAAUGAAAUGUAGAAGUGCUGUCAAUGUCUGCUGUUGUCAGGCAUAGAUAGAUUAGAGCUAUAAGUGAGAAAAACGCACGUAAUUGCUUUUAUAUUCACUGGUACAAUAGCACAUGUGCAUGUAUUCCCGCCCCACGCUACUAACUUUCAGACUAAGCUGCAAUGCCAACGAAGGAAAAUCUUCGCUCAAACAAAUUCGGCUAGUGGAAAAUCGGCUUUACACGUAGGGCCUUCGCUCAAAACGUCGAAGUUUGUUCUAUUGUUUAGCUAGUUGCAUCGUAAAUUCCAGCCCGCAAAUGCUUUUCUUCGCUACCCAUAUGCACUGGCAUCCAACAUUCAAGAUUUUAGCAUCUGGGUAACCAUGCUACACUAUGUCACCAUGUUGUCAAGUGGUUGGCAUCAGUUUUCGUUGCGUGCAAACUUAGACAAUCCUGAAGACCAGAAUUGCUUUCGGAUUGUCUAUGGUGCGAAGCAAACGUUUAUAGGAGCAAAUCAAUUUUUGUCUUCGUGAUUCAUGUUAAAUUAUUUUAAUUGGUGUGAACAUGUUAGUUAUUUUCAGGGGUAGUCAGCCCAAGAUACCACUUAGCGACCCCUCGGUCAUCUGGAUUAACACCUCGCCGUUAAAACUAGGAUGAUGGACUAUUAACUUAUUAUACUUUUUAUUUAUUAAGGAUAAGGAAAAUGUUGACAUAUUGAAGAUAGCGUUGGAAAGCAAAGAUGCUUUAAUAUCGGAGUUAGAACAGAAAACGCAUAACCUGACGAGAGAGUCUGAGGAUAUGAAAAAACAAGUGAAAGAAGCCAACGAACGCACAAGGAUAGCUGAAUUGGAGGGGGAGGAGUCGAUACAAAUGCGUAACGCAUUUUUCCUUCAAACCACUAGACAGAACGACCAACUUCAACAAAAUGAAAGUGAAAUAAAUUGUUUGCGACGUGAAAUUGAGGAUCUGCAUGCCAAAAAAGACAUUAUGUUCAUUUUAUGA